AAAGGAAACAAAAAACAAAAAAGGCAGUAGCAAAAGACCCACAUAACGUGGAUAUAUAUGCAACCUUCAUUUCUCAAAUCAUGGAGUAUUUCUGUAUUUCUUAUAGGGUGUAGAAGUAAUAAGUUUUGCUGCGCGCAGAGAAGGGCCGAAGAGAUGGAUUUAACAGGUUUGAGCCACCUCUUUGUAACGGUUUUCCUCUCGGGCUUUGCUAGCUUCACGGUGGUUCCAUCCAUCACCGAUGUCACCAUGUUGGCUCUUUGCCCUGGUCAAGAUGAGUGCUCCCUCGCAAUCUACCUCACUGGUUGCCAACAGGCGAUCAUAGGAUUGGGAGCAAUGAUAAUUACACCCCUCAUUGGGAAUCUAUCUGACGUGUACGGCAGGAAAGAGUUGCUCACCCUCCCCAUGACUCUCUCCAUUCUUCCUCUAGUGAUAAUGGCAUAUAGCACGACGACCAGCUUCUUUUAUGCCUACUUCUUCAUAAGGACUCUCACUGCAAUGGUCGGCGAAGGCAGCAUCAAUUGCCUUGCUCUUGCUUACGUGGCAGAUAAAGUCCCAGAUGGACAACGGGCAUCAGCAUUUGGAAUUCUAGCCGGGGUAGGUUCAGCUGCAUUUGUAUGUGGAACCUUAGCGGCUCGUUUUCUCUCCACUGCUGCGACAUUUCAGGUUGCUGCUGUCAUGUCGAUGAUUGCAGCAGUUUACAUGAGAGUUUUUCUCAAGGAAAGCAUACCCAAUGGGGAUGGUUUAAGACAGCCAAUGUUGAACGGAACACCUCAUGGUGAUUUAGAAAAGACAACAACACAGGCCUUCAAGAGGAUUCCAUCAAUUGGGGAUCUGAUCUGCCUGAUGAAGAGCAGUACGACAUUUUCACAAGCAACAGUGGUUUCAUUCUUCAAUGGUCUUGCAGAGGGUGGGAUUAUAGCUUCGUUACUGUACUUCCUGAAGGCCCGUUUCCACUUCAAUAAAAACCAGUAUGCUGAUCUCUUGCUAAUUUUUGGAGUUGCAGGGACCAUUUCACAGCUGCUUUUCAUGCCCAUGUUGGCACCUGCCAUUGGAGAGGAGAAGUUGCUUUCCAUCGGUCUCUUCAUGAACUGUUCAAACAUAUUUUUUAACAGCAUAGCAUGGUCAGUUUGGGUUCCUUAUGCCGCUACUGUGUUUUCCAUCUUUACUGUCUUUGUGCAACCAAGCAUACGCAGCAUCGUUUCGAAACAAGUAGGGCCCACCGAGCAGGGGAAGUCUCAAGGAUGUAUUUCAGGCAUAAGUUCCUUAGCCACCAUUGUUUCUCCAUUAAUCUUUAGUCCUUUAACAGCAUUGUUCCUGUCUGAAGAAGCACCGUUUCCUUUCCCUGGUUUCAGUAUUAUGUGCAUUGGGUUUGCCACGUUUGUAAAUUAUCGUUUAUGGGAGCUUGACGAAUCACAUGCUGUCAUGCAGAUGAUUGCCUUUAUCCAGAGCAUUAUGAUAUGGGGAGUUCCUUCCAGUCACAAAACUGACAAUAAGCAAACCACGGAGGCCUAGUUAUGUAUAGAAUAUAGAUGAUAAUGUUAUAGUACUCUAACAUGAGGGGACUCUGAUCUCUCUAUAGCCAUUUUGCUUUGGGAGCAGUCUUGUUCUUUACGAGCCCCCAGAACAUACUUCAGAUCAAGAGACAACGGGGAUUGAUUGUUAUGCACUAAACUAUAUAUUCAGAACAGCAUACAACAAUCUUGGAAGAUAUAAUUAAGGGCAUUCUAUGAUU